UGUACUGAAAUGUUAUAUUUUGUCUCUCUACAAUUAUUAUUUCAUAACAUUAUCAAUAUAAUUAAACCCAUUUCUGGCAGUUAAAGUUUUUGACCCUUUCUCGAAAAUAUAUCUCAAUGAUUCAUCAAGUAAAAAGUGAUUGAUUCACUGUAAGAAUAAAAACAAUAAUUGGUCCGACAUAUUUGUAAUAACUAGUAUUUUAGUGAUAAGCUUGACCACUAAGAAGGGGACGUAUAUUGCGAAUUGUAAAAAACUUGUCAUUUCUAUUCUUUAGAAUAGAACAAUAAUGUCGAAGUUAACAUUGCUUGUGUUCGUGGUUAGUUUAUUAGCUUGCACAUAUGCAGCUACCAAAGUGAAAAAUGAUCCAAUUCCGAUAUCUGCUAUACCUCCUCCCUGGUACAUGAUACCAGUGCAUCCUAAUAAGCAAGGCCCUAGUCUUUAUGGCGAUGGAACGUCUAUAUCGUUGGAAGAUAAAACACAGGGAUUGAUUGGGUACAUUCUUGAUACCGCUUAUAGUUACACUCUGCAACCGAUUGUUAACAUAAUUUCACCAAUACUAUCCAUCAUGCUUGCACCUUUCAAUUAUGUGGGUAGCUUCAUUGGACUGACAAAAACACCACCACCAGAAAAGCAAAGAUUACGAAGAGAAGUUGCAUCAGAACCUGAAACAGAUGCAGACUCAGAAUCAACAGAGCUUCAAGGAAUAAACAUUGAUUCUUUAACCGAACUAGCUAUAAGGGCAAUUGAGUUUGUACUGACUGCCUAUCAAUAUAUGAUGACAUGGAUGGAUAUAUUGAUGGAUACACUUGAUGCGGAGGGUGACAUGAACUUUGAUGAAUUACUUAAAUUAAAUGAUUUGGAUUUUGAUCAAGCCAUGGCUUAUAUGAUGGAAGUAGGACAAGAAAUUGCAUUAAGAAUCGGCAUACGGUUAUGGAGUGUUGUAAAAUCUGAUCUACUUCCACUUUUGGAUUCUGCAAUUGUUGAAUUCCAGGAUUCUGAUUUGUUUUCAGAUGAUAUUAGACAGAUGCUAUUAUCUUUACACGCUGGUUACCAAAUGGCUCAUAUAUUAGAUAUUAUUUGAUUAUUAGAAAUUUUUUUACAUAUUAUGUAAAUCAAAUAAUCUGAAUAAUUAUUAAUAAAUUUUACUU